AUUAGUUACUUCCAGUUCCCUGGUGAGCUCUUGAUGAGGAUGUUGAAGAUGCUGAUCCUGCCUCUGGUGGUCUCCAGCUUGAUGUCAGGCCUUGCCUCUCUGGAUGCCAAGACUUCCAGCCGCCUGGGCAUCCUCACCGUGGCAUACUACCUGUGGACCACCUUCCUGGCUGUCAUCGUGGGCAUCAUUAUGGUCUCCAUCAUCCACCCAGGUGGUGCAGCCCAAAAGGAGACAACAGAGCAGAGUGGGAAACCCGUCAUGAGCUCAGCCGACGCCCUGCUGGACCUCAUCCGGAAUAUGUUCCCUGCCAACCUGGUGGAAGCCACAUUCAAACAGUACCGCACCAAGACCACUCCAGUUGUCAAGUCCCCCAGAGUGGUCCCAGAAGAGGCCCCUCCUCGACGAAUCUUCGUCUAUGGGGUCCAGGAAGAGAAUGGCUCUCGUGUGCAGAACUUUGCCCUGGACCUGACCCCACCACCUGAGGUCGUUUACAAGUCGGAACCUGGCACCAGCGAUGGCAUGAAUGUGCUGGGCAUCGUCAUCUUCUCUGCCACCAUGGGCAUCAUGCUGGGCCGCAUGGGUGACAAUGGGGCCCCCCUGGUCAGCUUCUGCCAGUGCCUCAAUGAGUCUGUCAUGAAGAUCGUGGCGGUGGCUGUGUGGUACUUCCCUUUUGGCAUUGUGUUCCUCAUCGCUGGCAAGAUCCUGGAGAUGGAUGACCCCAAGGCUGUUGGAAAGAAGCUGGGCUUCUAUGCCAUCACUGUGGUGUGUGGGCUGAUGGUCCACGGCCUCUUCAUCCUGCCCCUGCUCUACUUCUUCAUUACCAAGAAGAACCCCAUUGUCUUCAUCCGCGGCAUCCUCCAAGCCCUGCUUAUUGCACUGGCCACCUCAUCCAGCUCAGCCACACUGCCCAUCACCUUCAAGUGCCUUCUGGAGAACAAUCACAUCGACCGGCGUAUUGCCCGCUUUGUGCUACCCGUGGGCGCCACCAUCAAUAUGGAUGGCACCGCACUCUAUGAGGCUGUGGCCGCCAUCUUCAUUGCCCAGGUCAACAACUAUGAGUUGGACUUUGGCCAGAUCAUCACCAUCAGCAUCACAGCCACUGCAGCCAGCAUUGGAGCAGCUGGCAUCCCCCAGGCUGGACUUGUCACCAUGGUCAUUGUGCUCACGUCUGUGGGACUGCCCACUGAUGAUAUCAACCUCAUCAUUGCCGUGGACUGGGCUCUCGACCGAUUCCGCACCAUGAUUAACGUGCUGGGUGAUGCACUGGCGGCGGGCAUCAUGGCCCACAUCUGCCGAAAGGACUUUGCCCGGGACACCGGUGCUGAGAAACUGCCACCCUGUGAGACCAAGCCCGUGAGCCUCCAGGAGAUUGUGGCAACCCAGCAGAAUGGCUGUGUUAAGAGCGUGGCUGAGGCCUCGGAGCUGACCCUCGGCCCUGCCUGCCCCCACCACAUCCCAGUACAGGUGGAGCAGGAUGAGGAGCCGGCUACUGCCAGUCUGGAUCACUGCACCAUAGAGAUCAGUGAGCUCGAGACCAAUGUCUGAGCCUGCAGGCCAGGCCAGGCCUCCAUGGUCAGGGACCAGGAGUCGGAUCUGAACUAACAACUCAUCUGAGCAGCCAGCAGAGGCCAGGUUCACACACUCUUCCCACUCUGAGAAGUUGAAAUUAACCAUUGGUGGAAAAUGGGGUCUCAGAGAAGGGAAGACCAUGGCAGGAAGCUCUCCAGAGUUCCAUGGGUUGGCACAGCCCAAUCCCUAACUGUGACAGUUUCUAAGGGGUGAGUCUUCAAGGGUACCAGGCAGGGAUCAUCUUCCCCACUUUAUGGAUGACAAGUUUGUGGUUAAAAACUAAAAACACUUGCCCAAGGUGUUGUGCAAGCAAUGCCAGGGCAAGGAUGCUAACUCAAGUCUCCUGGAGGACAGAAUGCCUGCAGGGCCAGGUUCAGAGAGAGGCUCUGCUCCUCUCAGGAUCCCCACAGCCAACACUGCUUCCAAGUUAUGAGGAUGUGAUAACAAUGUCCUGGUUUCUGUCCCAGCUGUGUCCAGGCCCGGGCCA